CCGUAUUUGUACGCGAAUAGUUUGGGGAUUUACGUGAUGUAACUUGCUAGUUAUGCUUGAUUUUGUUUGCUGUUUCGAUGCUGAAUCUGAUAUUAAGUCUUUUGUGAGGGCGCAGAAGGGACUGUCUCCUCUAAACACCGACAAGCAAGAUGCUGCAAAAGAUGAUCUCACGUUGUCAAUCAUUGGACAGGAGCGCAAUGGUGAGAUACUCUACACCUGGUUGGGCACACCACCGUUUGAUAAAACGGGAGAUAAUCAGGAGGUGACAUACAUUGGUCUUUAUGACCAAACCACAAAGGAAAACUCAGUUAUAUUCAUUCAUGAACAGAAAGUCUGUAUUGUGGGAUGUUCUAUUAACCAAGAGAAAACACUCAUUGCAUUUACAUCUCUGGACAAUGCAGAUUUCACAUCACAAGAUUCUUCCAGACCAUUUGCAAAUAUUUACAAGUCUUUCCUGGCUGAGGUGCAGCCACAGAACCGAAUAUUCUCUCUUAAUGUGGAAAGACGCAAUCUACUCAGAUGUCAAUUUCUUUAUAGCAAGUUGAAGGGGUUCAGUGAAGUGCCCAGCAAAGAAGCACACAUGCUGUUUUUUCUCCACAAAGAAUCUAUUGGACUGUAUAAAAUAUCCUUGGCUAGAAUGGGACAUAAAGGUGUGGUUAUGAGCGGCCAGCCCCGUACCAAACAGAUCGUCAAAAAAUUCCUGUGGUCACAGUGGGAUGCCUAUACUCAGAGGCUUUACUUUCUCCAAAGAAGAAAAAAGAAAACUGAACAGGGAGAUGACGUCCUUUUGACUUGCUAUGAAUUCAAGGAACAUUUCCUUUUUGAAACUGUGCUAAAUCUUCCGUUGUGCCUUCCUUUGCCAUCUGAGGUCUCAGUGAUUGAUUAUUUCAUGAAUUUUCUUGGACCCCAUGUGUGUGAUGGUAGCAUAAAUCUAGAAGUAGUCUCUCAUGUGGGAGGUACAUUGUGUAUAUGUUACCAGCACCCAUUAUACUACAACAAAACUAGGAGUAAAAAACCAACAUUACGCCUGAAGGAUGAACAUGAUGAAAAAUGGACAGAUUUGUCAGAUGAAACCAUAGCAACAAUAGAUGUCAAUUAUUCAGUUCUGAUGGUGCAUGAUGGGAGUAAUUUAAACUGUUGUAUACCCAAUGUUCCAAUAGAUAUUGCUGAAAGGAUGAAAUUAAAAUUCAUUCCUCUAAAGGACUAUAUUCUAGUAUAUGCACCAGGCUACGUUUCCCAUCUACUAAAUAUAACAUCGGAGUUAGAACCGUGUCAUCAUAUCGCCAUGGUAACAACUGAUAGCAACCAUCCUUGGAUCGGUGAUGAAGAGACGUCCAAAAGACUUGUAGCUUUUCUUUAUGAGAAAACCUCAUGUAAGCACGGUGACUGCAUUCUCGAUUCAGUUUCUGGAAAAGCUUAUAAAAUAACUCUGAACAAAGAUGCUGUGAUAGAACUGUUUAUCAACACAUCACAGCUAUCGGUUCGGCUCUCGUUACUACAUAUGGUACUUGUACAUAUGAAGGAUGGAGAUCUAAGUAGAAAGCUUCUGGUGCAGAUAUGCCAGGACAUUGCAUCAUUGGAAUCAACAAGUCUCCUCUCUGAGUAUCUUGUAGCAACUACGUACAAUGCCAUGAAAAAACAAGUAGACAAAGAUGUGUUGAAAUUGCUGCCAUUUACGUGUGUUGAUACAUUCAGAGGUCAACUUGAAAAGGAUAAUUCUGGUCAACAAAUUGCACGGUUUACUUACACGCCAAAGAAAAAACUACUGGAAACCAUUAUAUGCAAGCCAUUACAAGAAUAUCCAAGCACCUCAUGUGAGGUACCAGUUGACAGAAGAGAAAGGCGACAAGGUGAUUUAGAGUUUUGGGAUAAUAUCAGAGCUCAUCUUAGAUUGUCUGUGGUUGAUCAGAAUACAAGGUUUUGUACAGCCUCCAUCAAGCAAGAAGUGGAAACACAGGAAUUGGAAUAUGCAGAAGCUUUGAGUCAAUCUUCAACUCAGUCAUCUGGUGCUAGAAGUGGACUUCCACGAUUACCAAGAAGAAAUUAUUCUUCCACUGCCAUCAAUAAACGAGCAUAUCUACACGACACUAGUAUCACCAUACCAUUUUUAGAUCAACAAGAUGAAAUUGAACGAUAUCAGGAAAUUCGUGUUGGUCUGUUAGUGGAUAAAUUGGCUGCCCAUCUUUCUCGGUAUUUGAAAAGGGAAGCCAAAAUAAAGGCAACAAAUAUUGCGACAGAAUUUGUUGGAUGUCAGAUACGCCAAUCAAAACAGCUGUUACAGUUGCUAUGGACAAUGUUUGGAGUUGAAUCAAAGGAUGAGUGUGGUGCUACGAUUGGGUAUAGAACACUGAAAAGGGAUUCCUCAGAAUCUGAUUAUAUUCUAUUCCAAGUAAUUGAAAGAUACUACUAUGUAUCAGAGGAGCUAUGUUAUCCACAACCACCAGGAUUCAAAACAUUCUUUGCUAUUAUUGGUUAUAACAGCCUUAGCCAGCAGAUGCUUCUACAAUAUUUGGAUUCUGGGGUGUUAGAACUCACUCCCGAGUUUAUAGCAUUAUUUAUUGAUUCAUUGCAUGAAGGACAGGGAGAUGUUGACUGUGACAAGUUGAAGUUUCAAAUAAUAAAUAGACUUCCUCAGGAAUCAAUGGUGACAGCAUUACAACACUGGGAUCACCCUAUGGCAUCAAGAUACCUAUCACAGCAGUAUGUAACAUCAACUCUAUUUGAAGAUGACAGUCCAGAUAUUGAUGAUUGGGAAAAGCUACCAGCUUCCUAUAUUCCACCAUUGACCAGUGAUUCACUUCAGAGUUCAUUGAGUCAACAUAGUGAAGAAAGUAUUCACGAAAGCUCACCAGCAUCAUCUUUUCCCCCAUUAACUACAUUGGUCAAACUUCUUGAAAAAAAAGCAUUUGAAGGGCCUAGAACAGUGAUGCCAAUUACAACUGAGCGCAAGAUUGAUUCUCAAUAUGUAGAAGAAAAUGCUUUGUAUUAUACAGUUAAGCAAUGUGGGGAUAAUCUGAAAAAAGUGACAUUUUAGAUAAUAUUGUAUAUUCAUCUUAAAUAACAUUACAUAUCAUUUACACAUAUGUGACCUAGUUACAAUACAUAUAUGUAUGUGCAA